GGAGCGCGGCUGUGCGGGUACCAGCGAUGACAACAGGCGGAGGGGCCGGGCUUGAUGGAGGCGGGCCCGGCCGCCUCCCCCCGCCCGCUAAGAGCUCCUGCGAGGGCGGGCAGGCGGCACAACGCGGAGCGGAGCCCGGAGGCGGCGGAACCAGCGCGGAACCAGCGCGGAACCAGCGCGGCAUCCCCGCAGCAUCCCCGCGGGCCGGCAGCCGCGGGUACCCGCCUGCCUUCCCCGCCGCAUCCCGCCCCUCCUGUGCCCCUGCUUCGGCCGGGAUUCUCCGCCGGGACCAGCGCUGCUGCUGCUGCUGUUGGUGGUGUUGUUGUUGUUGGCCGCAUCGAGGAUAUUUUGGCUCGCCCGGAGGCAGCGGCGCCUCCAUCGAUCCCUUGGACGCCGCCGGGGAGGGAGCGCAGGAGCGCCGGCAGCGGGGCCAGAUGAGUGACUUUGGGGUCAGGAACAUGGAUCAAGUAGCUCCCGUGUCCAACAUGUACAGAGGAAUGCUCAAGCGUCAGCCAGCGUUUGACACCUUUGACAGCUCAAACUCGCUUUUUGCUGGAUAUUUUUUCUCACUCAGCGAAGACCAAACGCUUCAGGAAGUGCCAACAGGAUUUGAUUCCACUUCUUAUGAGUCGAACAACUGUGAAUUGCCUCUGUUAACCCCGUGCAGCAAGGCUGUGAUGAGUCAGGCCCUGAAAGAUACUUUCAGUGGUUUCACAAAGGAACAGUGUCGGCUGGGUAUCCCAAAUAAUCCCUGGCUGUGGACUGAGCAACAAGUUUGCCAGUGGCUUUCAUGGGCUACCAAUGAGUUCAGCUUGGCAAAUGUGAACUUCCAUCAGUUUCUUAUGAGUGGCCAAGACUUGUGCAACCUGGGCAAAGAGCGUUUCCUGGAACUGGCCCCCGACUUUGUGGGUGAUAUUCUGUGGGAGCACCUGGAACAGAUGAUCAAAGACAGCCAAGAGAAGACACAGGAUCAAUAUGUGGAGAACUCUCACCUCACUUCAGUUCCUCACUGGGUCAAUAAUAAUUCCUUAACUGUUAACGUAGAUCAGAAUUCCUAUGGAAUGCAAAUGCCUGGAUACCCUAAACCCCUCAGUUAUCCCAAACCCAGUCUCCUGACUGACGUCUGUCAGACUUCCACGGCACCGAGUCUCCUCAACCCAGAACAAGACUUCCCAUUGUUCCCAAAAACCCAAGCAGAUGCUGUUGGUGUGAACUACUGUGCAGUUAACCAAGAUUUCCCAAGGAGCAAUCUCAAUUUGCUGAUGGACAACUCCGGCAAGCUGAGAGAGCACGAAUCCAGCGACAGUGGCGCCGAGAGCUACGAGAGCUCGGAUUCCAUGCUGCAGUCCUGGAACAGCCAAUCCUCCCUGGUGGAUUUGCAGCGUGUGCCAUCCUACGAGAGCUUUGAGGAUGACUGCAGCCAGUCCCUGUGCCUGAGCAAACCUACCAUGUCCUUCAAAGACUACAUUCAGGAGAGGAGUGAUCCUGUGGAGCAAGGAAAACCAGUUAUACCAGCAGCCAUCCUGGCUGGCUUUACUGGCAGUGGACCUAUCCAGCUGUGGCAAUUCCUUCUGGAGUUACUGACUGACAAGUCCUGUCAGUCAUUCAUUAGCUGGACAGGAGAUGGAUGGGAAUUUAAACUUGCUGACCCAGAUGAGGUGGCACGGCGGUGGGGGAGGAGGAAGAACAAGCCCAAGAUGAACUACGAGAAGCUGAGCCGGGGCCUGCGCUAUUACUACGACAAGAACAUCAUCCACAAGACGUCGGGCAAGCGCUACGUGUACCGCUUCGUCUGCGACCUGCACAACCUGCUGGGCUACACCCCCGAGGAGCUGCACGCCAUGCUGGGCGUGCAGCCCGACACCGAGGACUGAUCCCAGGCCCGGCUUGCGCGUCUGGAGCCGCCAGUGGGGACAAUGGCCGGAGCCGCGCUCCGGGGGAGGCCGAGCGGGACCUUCCCCACUGUGUGACGCGGGGAGCGGGACGGCCGCGGCCGCCGGGGCUCGGCGGGGCUCCGGGGGAGCGGGCGCAGCCCUGGAUGGAGACACGGGGGUGCUCCGGGCUCGGCGUUGUGCUGCCCGCCCCGCCCUGCGAAGCGCUUUGGCACUGCCCUGGGAGGAUGGGGUUGGCUGUGAAACCAAAGGUUGGCUGCGAAAAAGCGGCGAUGCCGCAGAGCUCUUGGCUCUGGGAUGUUUUUGAAACAGCGCCGUCCUCGUGCAGUUUAUUUAAAAACAAACUAAUUUAUUUUAAGCGAGCAGUAAGGAGACCGGUAUUAGUUUUGUUUCAAAGCACGUUUUGUUGUUGUUGUUAUUAUUGUUACUACUCCAGAAAUGUGCUGCAUAGGUACAUAAACACUCUCGUGUCCAAAACCAAAUGUAGCAACUGUUAACAAAAAAAAAAAAAACAAACCCACCCUUUAAAAGAAGGGAAGGAAAAUCACACCAUUUCAAUAUUCAGUUUGUAUAUACUCUGUGAUUCCUUUGGAAACUCUGAUGUUCCUAUUUAACAGAUACUGUAUAGUGUAAAUUAAACUAAUUGUAUGUGUGUUUUGAAUAGGAUGAAUGUAAACUUAUCAGAUGUGGGGUGGGGGGGCAGUUCAUGUUUGUCUAGGAUAUACAACCUUCUGCAAAUAUUUAAUUGGCCUGAGAGACAGCAGAAGUUCUAUGCUCAGUGUGCAUGCAUUGGGGGGGGGGCGGGCAGGGAGGGGAGGCCGGGCUCAGGAUUUUGCCAGGACUGAAGUUGGCAAUUCUUUGUGCAUUUUGGCAUUUUUACAGGAAACUAAUGGUGUAUUCUGGGACAUAAAAGGGCCUGUUUGUGGUUUCUUCUCUAACUGAAAAAUAAAAAUAUUAAUAUGGGUAAAAUUACCUUUUUUUCUUUAUAAAUGGCAUAUGUUUUUCAACUUCUAUGCAUGUACUUUUAAAAAGAAAUUUAUAUACAAGCCUUAUUUUUUCAGUUCACUUGUCUCUUCCUGCAGUUUAUUCUGUAUGACUAAAAUAUGAAUUCUAUUUUUGGAAAUAACUGUGACUCCUUUUCAAAGAUCAGGAGGGUUUUAUGUAGCAGCUAUUUUUACUGCAAAAAAUAAAAAAAAGAAAAAAAAUCACUGGAAAAACGUACUUUGUAAGAAAGCUUUAUUUUUUAUCUGAGCUUGAUGUACAGUUAAAUGUGUUGUACAGUGUGAGAGGUUUAAAAAUAUGACUCUUCAUUAAAACCUCUUGAAAAGAAAA